AAUAUUAUUAAUCUAAAUGUGGGCGCGGUUACCCUAAUGUCGCGCAUUGUGAUACCGCAAAUGAAAAAACAGGGAAAAGGUGCUAUAGUGAAUAUAGCUUCAAGCGCACAUUGGAUACCCACGCCUUUAUUAGCUGUGUAUGCCGCCACGAAACGUUAUGUAAGAUCGUUAAGCUUAGCGAUGGAACGCGAAUUGUUUAAGUAUAAUAUAACUGUACAAUGCGUGGAACCAUGGUUCGUUCGAACGGAACUUACUCAGUUCUCAGAAACGCUUUCACGUGGUACAUUCUUUGGAACCCCAGUGGAAGCGUUCACACGCUCGGCUGUUUUCACAUUGGGGAAAACACAGGAGACGACCGGCUACUGGGCGCACGGUAUAAUGAGUUUCUUUCUGAAAUUAGCACCAGAAUGGUUGCGCAUCAGGAUCAGUCAUGCUUUUAGCAAUCAUAUUAGAAAAGAAUGGCUAAACAACCAGGUUAAAGAAAAGGAAAAAUAAGUUUUUUGUAAUAUUUUGCAUUUUACAUAAACUAUUAAACAAUACAAGAAGUUCAUGCUUCUA